CUCUCCAUCAACAGAUCUGUGUCAGAUUCUACAUCUGCGUGCCGCUGAAGCUUUCAUAGCGGUCUGACCGACCUUCAGCAGCGCAGACUGAACUCCCCAGCGGCUCGCACAACAAAUGGAGUGUUUUUCUAACGGGAGACGAGGCCUUGAGAAAACACGCUCCCUGUGCACGCUGUCAGCUCUGAGAACACGCAGCGCUGUCAGUCCGUCUGAGGCAGAGCCUCCCGGGAGGGUCCGGAAGAACGCAUCAGACCCAGAUACGUGUGGAGAGCAGAGGUCAGAGGUCAGGGGGGUAUGCAGGGCCUCCGCAGCAGGAUGAGAUUUUCCCAGUGGGGACUGCUGCAUUCCGACACUGUUUGCUCCACAGAUGAAGCCUUCGGAGUGUGGGAGGUUCUGGUGCUUCUUCAGAAACAACAUGUUUCUGACAGCAGAGGUCGAAAGGAAAAGGAAGCGUUGAGAUUCGGUGGAGGCAGAAAAAACGGCGGAAGAAGAGGCAGCAGGGGCAUCUGGACAAUGUUGGACCAAAGGCCCAACAUUCCUGUGGAUGAUACUUUCAGUGGCGGCGCCAAUUCGAACAUGGUAGCUGACCCGGUCCAGGUCUUCAUGGAGACGUUCCGGCGGGAUAACGCUCCCUACCAACUGCUGCAGAAAUGCCUCAGAAGUGGUUUGAUUUGGCCUUCAAAUUCUCCAGAAUCAACCCUGGAGGCUCCGCUUCCCACCUUCCAGAGCCAGAACCCACAGCGUGCCUUCAGCGGUCCAAUGCGGUCCGGCAGCGGCCGGGUUUGGAGGCAGAGACUUUUAAUAACUGAAAUGUGUCCAGAAAGUUCUGGUGAAUCAAACCCUGGAGCGGAGAAACCGGACACUCCUCUGUCCUUCAGCCCGGAUCAGAGACAUCGGUCCACGCAGGGAGAUCGUCUUCCAGCUGCACCUGAAGGCGGCUCGCUCCAGGUUCAGGCCUGUGAGGUUCUGUAG